AUGGCUUCUGACUCGGUUAUUUUCCGAUAUUUCUGGAUUUUUGGACUUGUUAAUAAUGUUUUGUAUGUCGUUAUCUUGUCAGCGGCGGCCGAUAUCGUAGGACCGGGUCUGCCAAAAGCCCUAGUUCUUCUGCUCGACAUAUUGCCGGCAUUUGUAUUGAAGCUUAGCGCACCUUUCUUCAUCCAUAAAGUACCGCAUAGCUACCGCAUUGGCAUGUUAAUCGGUCUCAGCUGCGUCGGUAUGGUUUUGGUGGCCGGCCGCAAGCUGAGUGUAUGCAUUGCCGGCAUAAUUUUGGCUUCGCUGUCAUCGGGACUGGGAGAAGUAACGUUUUUGCAAUUGACUCAUUAUUACCAGCAACCGGGUCUCAACGGCUGGAGUUCAGGAACCGGCGGUGCAGGCUUGUUUGGAAGCGGCGUUUACAUGCUGCUGACGUCGAUUUUGAAAGCACCCAUUGGGCUAUCGCUCCUGUUGUUCAGUGUGCUGCCAUUUGCUUUCCUGCUGUACUUUCGUCUUGACUCUCAUCAUGUUUAUACUGCCAUCGAGAAUGCCAACAGUUUGGAACAGCCGGAAUCGGCAAACGACAACGCCACGACAUCUUUGUCCGAUGAACAAAGAAAAUGGGCCACUUUCAAAAGCCACGUAUCUGACACACUUGGCCGCAUUCUGAGUCUUGUAGCGCCCUAUAUGUUGCCACUGGCCACUGUUUACCUUUUUGAAUACCUCAUCAAUCAAGGUGUAUCGCCAACACUGCUGUUCCCGCUGGACGAGAAACACAGUCACCCAUUUUUCUUCCACAAAUACCGUGAUAUCUAUGUGACAUAUGGAACUUUGUAUCAGCUUGGGGUAUUCAUAUCAAGAUCGAGCGGUUCGCUUUUCCGGAUAAAACGACUCUAUUUUCUCUCGGUCUUGCAAGGCAUCAAUCUCGGUCUGGCCAUCUGCCAGUCUUGGUUUUAUUUGGUGCGCUCGGUAUACCCAGUGAUGUUUCUUGUCUUCUUCGAGGGUCUACUGGGUGGCGCAUCUUACGUCCACACCUUCAAGAACAUAAUUGAUAAAGUGGACACCUCUGAGCGGGAGUUCUCAUUGGGAGCGGUAUCAAUGUCUGAUUCUUUCGGUGUGCUAUUGGCAGCAUUUAUUGGAAUUACGCUCGAACCAAAAUUAUGCUCACACCAAGUGGACAAUGGGAGACCGUGGUGUUUGAAAGAAUGA